GCAAACUCAGGACAAUUGAGUUCGGAAGAAAAAGGGUAGAACUCUCUCAAGACGCUCAUUUGACAAAGUAUUUCAGCAGAAUACACCGUAAAGGGAUUAAUCUAAUUGAAGGGAUGCUGUCACCAACAUCAAGGCACAGAGGACCAAACAUGCUGUCAGGUCCCAUGAUAGUGGCCCAGUCGGCAAGUGCCACCAAGUCAGUGAUAUCUACAGAUGUAUAUAAACAGAUGCCUGGGGCGAACCCUUUUAAAGUGCUUGACAACAGCGACAUAUUUCUGAUCAGGAACAAGGAAAAGGAGCGCAGGAAACUGGAGCUGCAGAGCCAGUUGAGUUUGCGGGUCCAUGAGAAGGUGACCUAUGCGGGCCGUAUGAAGGCCAAGCAGGGUGACCUCCUCAGGGAACUGAGAGAGGGUCUGGAGGAGGACACAGCCCAGCCAGGAGGGGAGGAGAGCAGCCUGGCCCAGCAACAAAACACCCCUGCCUGGAGGGUGGCCAUGAUCAAAGAUCGCAAUAUUGACAAAGAGAGCAUGAAUGAGUUUAUCACCAAGAAAAGGGAGAUGUUUCUGCUGGAGUACUCCUUGGCUGUGAAGCGUGGAGAGAUCGAGCAGCUGGAGAAAAUGGCGACCGGCCAGGAGAGGAAGCUGAUGCGCGCCGAGCGGUUCCUGGAGGACGACGCCAUCAUGUUCGACGAGUUCCUCAAAGAGAAUGACAAGAACUCUGUGGAGGCCAUCAAAGUUGCUGAGUUAGAGACCAAAGUGAAACUGGAGAAGGUGACUGAGAUCAAGAGGCUCACGACUAGGAUGGUGACCAUUAAGAGUGACAUCUCUAAGUUUGAGGACAUCAUAAAGGAGUACACCAUGUACAAGGAGUUUCUCUUCAAGCUGUCCCCUCCAGAGUGGCAAGAGGCACAGAGGGCCAAGGGUAAGACCCCCAAAGCCAAUUCUACCACCAAGUCUGCCACCAAGGACAAGUCCAAAGAGAAAGACAAAGACGAGAGGGCCACUCCGAAAAGAGGUUAUAGCGUGGAAAGCAGGGCGUCCUUUGCGAGUCGGGAGCUGCCCCCUCUCCGGGAUGCCAGGGCCCCGUCUAGACAGUCGAUAGUCCAGAGUGACAAACCGAGUCCUGUGGCAGAACUGGAGACCGACAGCUCUGAAUAUGAGGAACACCCAGAGCUGUAUUUCACAGACCCCAGGCAGCUUCUGGAGUUGCUUUCAGAGCUGGAGGAGCAGAACCUCUCUCUGAUCCAGAACUCCAGGGAGACGGAGGAGGCCCUGGAGGUGUUCAGUAAGGUCAUGGACCAUACAAGAAAGAAGAUGGAGCUGGAAACUGUCCAGCUGACCCAGCAGAUAGACAUCAUGACCCACACCAUCCAGAGGGAGAGGGACCGGGCUACCGAGCUGGAGCUGAGGGCCCGCCUCUUCAACUUUGGGAAGUACAAAUCCGCCGACCAGGAGUUUAUGUUGGACUCCCUGGGCGCUAAGGUGGAGGAGGUGUACCGGAGCUGCGUGGGCGACACAGAGGCCAACCUGAGCACACUGCAGAUGCUGACGGUUAUCGAGAGCCGCCUGGGCGAGCUGCUGGAGAACGUGGAGAUGAUCCCCAAGGAGCGACUGCUGAUGGCCGAGAGGACCAAGGAGAAGGAAAGGAGGCUCAGGCUGCGUGAUGAGAAGAUGCAUCAGGCGAAGCAGCACCAGGAGGAGAGGCUGAAGAGGGCCCUGGAGAGAGCCCAGGCCGACAUCAAGAAAACAACUGGCAAGAAACUGAUGGCCAGAUCACAGCCCCCUGCCGGCAAGCUGAAGACCAGCCAGGUGUAUGACAUCUCAGACAAGGAGAAAGAAGAGCAGCUUUACUUCUUCACCUAAAGGGCAGAGUCAGUCACAUUACUGACCAGAACUCAUUCAAUAUGUUUUGGCCUAUUGUGGGGCUGUGACUGACUCACUGUAAAUACUGACCAAUAAUUGGAUAUGACAUGACAGGUAUAAGUAAGACUUUUCAAAUGUCUCCAUUGGACGCUGGUGAUGUCACAUGAUGGGAUAGGUCCUACUUUUUUGGUGCUGGGUGGUUGUUUAUAUUGACUCAAUGGGGAGCAUGUGGACUUUGUUUUAGUGGAGAGCUUUCUGGGGCAGGUGAACAGUACUCUCCCCACACAUUUUAUAGACUUGGAUUAUUUUGUGUUACCAGAUUUACAAUAUUUUGCCAUACCAGUUUUCUUAUCAGUUAUAUUAUUGAUAAUCUAUUGUGCUUCUUUAUCUGAUCAUAUCUGAAUAGCAGUUAGAUGGACUGCAUGCAUGUGAUGAACAAAUUAAUAAACAUUUCACAAUAAAAAUAUCUGCUCUUG